GGGAAGCACGUGCCAAUCGAAUGGCCUUCUAAACGACCCGAUUCCAGAAACCCUCAGAGAUUUGCAUUACAGAAGAUCAAAUAGAAAAAUCCCUUCUGAAGUGGAAGGAGAAGGGGAGAAAAGAUCGAAAGACAGGAGAGAAAUGGAGAAAUACGAGAAGCUAGAGAAGGUCGGUGAAGGAACCUACGGGAAGGUGUAUAAGGCGAAGGACACGGCGACGGGACAACUGGUGGCUCUGAAGAAGACGCGGCUGGAAAUGGAUGAGGAAGGGAUUCCUCCCACCGCUCUCCGUGAGAUUUCCCUCCUCCAAAUGCUCUCCCACUCCCUCUACGUCGUUCGCCUCCUCUGCGUCGAGCACGUCGAGAAGAAUGGGAAGCCUCUGCUUUACCUCGUCUUUGAGUAUCUGGACACCGAUCUCAAGAAAUUCAUCGAUUCCCACCGCAAAGGCCCGAAUCCCAGGCCGCUCCCGCCUUCCCAGAUCCAAAGCUUCCUUUUUCAGUUGUGCAAGGGUGUUGCCCACUGCCAUAGCCACGGUGUUCUUCACAGAGACCUGAAGCCUCAGAACCUUUUGGUCGACAAGGAGAAGGGAAUACUCAAGAUUGCCGAUCUCGGCCUGGGCAGGGCAUUCACAGUGCCACUCAAGAGCUACACUCAUGAGAUUGUGACCUUAUGGUAUAGAGCCCCUGAAGUUCUUUUGGGAUCCACUCACUACUCAACGGCUGUUGAUAUGUGGUCUGUUGGUUGCAUUUUCGCUGAAAUGGUAAGGAGACAAGCUCUGUUUCCUGGGGAUUCUGAGUUUCAGCAACUGCUUCACAUAUUCAGGAUGCUAGGAACACCAACAGAACAACAGUGGCCUGGGGUGAGUUCUCUUAGGGACUGGCAUGUCUACCCACAAUGGGAGCCUCAGACCUUGGCUCGGGCUGUUCCAUCAAUGUGUCCGGAGGGCGUUGACCUUCUAUCAAAAAUGUUGAAGUAUAAUCCAGCUGAUAGAAUUUCAGCUAAAGCUGCUCUGGAUCAUCCCUACUUUGACAGCUUGGACAAGUCUCAAUUCUGAUGCCCCAGGUGUGAAUCUAAUGGAUGUCAUCAUCUUGGUGAAUGCAACCAUCUUUCAUGUAACCUUUUCAGGGAAAUGUCUUUCCCUUGCGAGCUGUAUUAUCCAAUCAUGCUGUAAUAUCCGACGUAUCAGAUGUAUUUGCCAUGGUGCUUUUUCGUGUCCCCUUGUCAUGAUUAUUUGGUAAUAGAACCUAUAUAAAGUUAAGUACAUAUGUUACUCAGAAACUCAACUGAAAGUUGGGAGGUUUAAUUUUAUUGGUUAAUACUUCUUUAACUUCAUGCGAUUAAAAGAGUGUUUGUGUAUGAUUGUUCUAUUUUUCAGCUGUUUGGAGGCUGUGAAUAUGUAAAGCUUAGUACAUAUGUAA